AUGGAGAGAAGUCCCCGUCAAAGCAAUUUCUCCUCCACAAGCGUUGCUUUCUCUGAAGAGCCCAAAGAAAGACUCCAAGCAUCACUGCUUCUUUCCAUAUUGAAGGACAUGGAGUUGAACAAAGAGCAAGGAGUCCGACCAAUGCAACAACAUAGGCAAUCGAAAACCAUUCAAGCUAGUUCAUGUCCAAGUCGGCCACAGUAUGAUCCACAACACUCAGCGACCGGACUCCACUUGGUUCGGAUCGUGAACACGCUUAUUGACUCGAUCGGAGAUUGCAGCGAGCCAUUCGAGAAGCAAUUGACGACAAGCGACAUCAUUGGCAUUCAGAGCCGGCUGCUCGUGAACAAAACGGACUUUGCAACAUCUAUCUUGCCCUUGCUCGAGAAGGGUGACGACAUUGAGGUGGGAAUUCCGGUGAAGACGUUUAAUCCAGCGGGGAAGGCGUAUCCUAUGACGUUCAAAAUUUGGUGCGGCAGGUCGCAUGUAAUCACUAGCGGGUGGAAUUUAUUCGUUAAGGAUAACCGAUUGGAGGUUUCGGAUAUCGUUAGGGUAUGGGCUUUUCGCGACGUCUGGACCCGAGAGUUAUGCCUCUUGAUUUCUAGUAGAAAGCCGGAGGUGCAGCAGCCGAUUGAAAAGGAGGAGACGUGA